AUGAGCAAGCAUGCCAAGGUUCUUAGCCGCCGAUCUCACGUAGUUGGACAGAAGAAUGCGAAGAGUCAGAAUCCGCUCAUUGGGUCUAUUUCUACGCGGCCUCCAUCUGGACUGGAUGCUAUCGAAGAACUUUGCUGUGACUUUGGAGAUAGCAGAGGGUGGUACAACGGCGCACGUCUUUCCGUCACACCGCCUAGCUCCAAGCCGAUCGACGUAGAUGCGAAUACCUACACGUUGGGCUGGUUGCCCUACUUAAUUGACGAUCCUUUGGCAAUCGACGGUGCUGGUAUUCUCAUUGGCUUUGAGGAUGGGCACCUGAUCGGUGAAGACCUAAAACACAAGCAAGCAAUGUAUCUCGCAGCGAACACGAAGGGGAACAGCUACACUUACGUAUACACACCCAAUGGUAGCAUCGUCUACCGGCUCUGGAAACACGACCACAGGGAUGACUAUGUCAGACAUAGUCAAGUCGAAAGGAGCAAGGAUGCGAUUUGCGCAGGCGAAUUUCGGGUGUCGCAGGCAGGCCAUAUAGAGAGUGUCGUCUUGAUGAAGAACGAUUCGGGCGAGUAUGACAAGCCUACGGGAGGCAAAUGCCUUGCCCGCAUCUCGGAGAAAUUGGAGAGCAUGGGUAUCACAACGAAUGAUAUUGAUUGGUACUGGAAGUGA